AUGGUGACAAGCGAACGACUUGAUCCUUCUUGGUCGAAUGAGACUCGUUCAAACUCGGAAAUACGACCACUUCUUGCGCGCUCCGUCGGCUCGUCUGUCAGUUCAACAUCGAGCUCUAGACGUGUGCACGUGAAGCGGUGGCACAGUCUCAAUAUCCCACAAUAUCCUGAAACUAUCUACAAUACUUUGAUAAACUAUGCACCAGUUAGUGUUGUGCUCUUUGGUGGAUUGACGCUACUUAUUGGCGUGUUUGUACUGAUUCACACACAACAUCUUGUGGCUACGGCUGACCUCCCACACAGCUCAUUAGCUACAAUGAGUCCUAUUGUCCAGCCUGAGAUACCUCGGAUUCAAGCUGACACGAGCAACUGCUCAGAGCUAUGGAUUGAACAGCACAUUGAUCAUUUUUCGUGGCUUCCAGCAGAAGCAGUGGAAAUUUCUGAUAUAAACACUACACCAAGUGGCUUACCUGCAACUUACCAGCAAAGAUACUUGCUGAACACUCAGUUCUGGGAUCCUAGCGACAAGAAAGCACCUGUUUUCUUCUACACAGGCAAUGAAGGGGACGUGACAUUAUACGCUAACCAUACAGGACUAAUAUGGGAAAAUGCCCAGGCGUUUAAGGCGCUUAUUGUGUUUGCUGAGCACCGAUACUACGGCAAGAGCUUACCGUUUGGUGACAAAUACAUUGAUAACUUGGCCUAUCUCUCACACGAUCAAGCACUUGCCGACUAUAUAGAACUAAUCUAUCAUUUGCAGAAGAAGUACGAUGCGUUUAACCACCCUGUUAUUGCAUUUGGAGGUAGCUAUGGAGGGAUGUUAUCGGCGUGGUUCCGAAUGAAGUAUCCAGCCAUUAUUGCGGGUGCUAUAGCGGCAUCUGCUCCUAUUUACGGCUUCAGUGGCUUCCCAGAUUUUGACGGUCAAAAGUAUUGGCAAGUGGUGACUCGCGAUGCAUCUCCUGAUGCAGGGUCCGCGAAAAACUGCGUGGCCAACGCACGCAAGUCAUGGCCACAACUGUUUGAGCUAGCUAAGACAGAAAAUGGGCGCACUACACUUACUUCAUUGUUUAGGCUAUGCCAGCCGCUAUCACGCACGGAAGAGGGCAAUGAUUUGGCAAUGUCAGUGUUGUUUGCUUUCGAUGUCCUGGCCAUGGGGAAUUAUCCGUAUCCAUCCAGCUACCUCACUGAAGGAGCAGUGAAUCUUCCGGCAUGGCCGGUUCGCGAAGCGUGCUCACAUUUAGCCGGAGACUUCCCCGCGCCAUCGUUCAGUCAGGAAAAUGUGGAUACGACGUUGUUGGAGGCGCUACGCGAUGCCGCCAAUGUGUACUACAAUGCGACCAAAGACCUGAAAUGCUAUAAGAUCCCAACUUUGUGGGACUACGAUGGCAUCUGGGACUACCAAUACUGUACGGAGAUGCUGCCGCAGGAGACAUAUUUUAGCACAAAUGGUGAAACGGACAUGUUUUGGCUGCGAGACACUACGUUCGAGGAAAUUCCAACGGCCUAUUGGAUCCUUGGAGAAGUGCUGGCGUGCUGCAUACCCCCCAAGGACGCAAAGGUGACAAUCGUAGACAUUGCUGAGGGCGCCCAUCACCUGGAUCUUUUUUUCAGUCAUCCGAAGGACCCUCCUUCUGUUAUUGUGGCACGUGAGACUGAGGUCAAGAUGAUUCGCGCGUGGAUCGACGAAUUCGUUGCGUAUAACGCCUCAUUGGUGCUGCUGUCGUCAUGUGUGGAUGCUGCACUUGAUAUAGAGAUGAAGCUUGUAUCGAAGCACUUAGCUCUGGCGACUGGUCCGUUGGAAUUGGCUGUUGUCGUAACGCCAAAGCAACCUAAGCUUAAGCAACUGUCACUUAAGACGGUCAUCGAUACUUUCGGUGCUGCUGUUCUCUCUGGACUGACGCUUAGAGGAGACGGAAGCAAGUUUGUAACACAGUUAACAGAUGACACAAAGCUUAAAGCGGGCAUGUACAAGCUUAAGGUAUUGGCAGUGGAUGAGGAGACAAAUGAAGAAGCUAUGAGGACGCUGCAUCUUAAAGUGACGACGUCUGUGGAAGUGGUAGAUGCAAAUGUGAAUGGAAAGAAGCUGCAGCUAGGAGAUAAGUUGACAGGCCUGAGCUUUAAUGCUGCAACGGAUGACACACUUAAGAUGGAAGUGACAUUGCAGCAAACCCACGAUAAAUCACCUGUAAAAGCGCACCUGGCGUUCCUUCGCUUCACGCAUGCCACGGAGAAGACAGACACGUACUUUGUGCUGACGGCUGAAGAAGCCCAGAUACACAGCACGACUUUGCACUUUGGGGCGCUUAGCAAGAAGUUUAGAUACAACUCGGGUGAUUAUCAUGCUGAGCUCGUUCUGGGUGCGUCUACUUUUGAAAAGGCUAUUGUGUGGGACAUGGGCAUCGUGGAGUUGCAGCUCGGUGCAGCCCUACCUGAGACACCAUCGCCACUCUACAAGAAGCCACUGUUGCAUGAAAGCGACACGACACUAACGACGCUGCCUGAGAUUUCGCACGUCAUGCGCAAACAGGAUUCUCGACCGCCUGUAACUGUGUCGUUUGCCUUCGCGUGUGCAGUGGUGGCCCCGUUGGUCUUCUUCUUGCUGUUUGUGAUGCGUCUUGGAAUGAACACGAAGCGCUUAUUUGAAGGCCCUGUGUUCAUUUUUGGCUGCGUGUUCCUCGCGUCAUUGGGUGGUAUCUUUGGUCUUUUCGGUUUGUACUGGGUUCAUCUGACUAUGUUCCGUACCUUGGGCUACCUGAGUGUGCUGGGCUCUGUGACCUUGUGGUCUGGUCAUUUGACUCUCAAGCGCCUUGCUGAGACUCGUGUCAAGAAGACUAGUAAGGUCGAAUAG